ACUGGGUUCUUUGCACAAAGAUGUGGCUUUUUCUUGGGAUCACCUUUUCUUUGGGGAUGCUAAUUCCUGGGAAUCUCAGCUGGAAACUGCGAUAUGAUGGAGACCAGGUCUUGCGUGUUGUGCCAGAGACACUGCAGCAAGCCCAGCAUCUUCAGCACCUCUGCAGCACUCUUCUGCUGGACUUGUGGAAGCCACUGCUGCCUGCAGACAUCAGGGCAGGAGAAGACCUGCAGAUGAGGGUCCCAGCCCCUCUGGUGCAGGAGCUGAAAGCCAGCUUAGAUCAGCACUUCAUCGCUUACAAAGUCCUCAUACCUGAUGUGCAGGAGCUUGUGGAGCAGAGCAUGCCAGGAGGGAGGAGCAGCUACAGGCAGGUCCCACAAGGUUAUGUCUACACCCAGUACCAUCCAAUGAAAGAGAUUUAUGAGUGGAUGGGUCAGAUCCAGAGGAGCAACAGUGAGCUGGUGACCCUGCAGGAGCUGGGGAUGACAGUGGAGAACCGGACCAUGUCCUAUCUGCAGAUCAGUCAACCAUCAAAUAAACCCAAGAAGAUAAUCUGGAUGGACUGUGGGAUUCAUGCCAGAGAAUGGAUCUCUCCAGCCUUCUGCCAGUGGUUUGUGAAAGAAAUUCUACAAAAUUAUAAAUCUGACCCAAAGAUAAGAAGACUUCUGGAGAACUGGGACCUCUACAUCUUGCCAGUCCUCAAUAUCGAUGGCUACAUCUACUCCUGGGAAAAAGACCGUUUUUGGAGGAAAAAUCGUUCCCCUCAUCAGCAUGGUACCUGCUACGGGACAGACCUGAAUAGAAACUUCAAUUCCUCCUGGGGCAGUGUUGGUGUUUCUUAUAACUGCAGCAGUGACAUCUUCUGUGGCUCUGGACCAGAAUCAGAGCCUGAGACAAGAGCUGUGGCUCAUUUUAUUGAGAGGAAGAAGAGUGACAUCUUGUGCUAUUUAACCAUUCACUCCUAUGGACAGUACAUCCUCACUCCCUAUGGUUCCACAACUACACCCCCAAGCAACAGUGAAGAACUGAUACAUGUUGCAGAGAAAGCAGCUGCUGCCCUGAUGGGAAAGUACGGGACCAGAUACAAAGUGGGAUCAACCUCUUUACUUUUAUACAGUAACUCGGGCUCCUCCAGAGACUGGGCUCACAGGAUUGGCAUUCCUUUCACCUACACCUUUGAGCUGCGAGACACGGGCACUCACGGAUUUGCCCUGCCCCCUGACCAGAUCCAACCCACGUGUGAGGAGACGAUGCUGGCUGUGACAACCAUCAUGGACUAUGUGGACCAGAAGUACUUCCCAGGUGGGGCUGUGAAGCUCACCUCUGGCAGCCUGGGCCUGAGCCUCUGCCUGGGUGUUGUCCUUGCAUCCACUGUUGCUUAAGAGCAGCUUAGAGAACCAGGCAACAGGCUCCCAUGUGGGGUGUCAAGUCCCUUUGGAGAGAGAAAAUUACACCAGCAGAAGAACUAAAUGUCAAGUAUUUCA